AUGACACUCAGACAAUCGAACGCAGCCACCGUGAAAAAGCAUCGAACCGUAACGGAUACGUUAAGAGAAGAGGCUAGAUCGUUGCACGACGAGAUUGCUUCCGCGAAAGAAAAGCUGGCCGAAAGCCUCGCCGAUAAUGAGAAGACAACCGGAAAGCACCGUACGUCAGUCGCGGACGCGAACAGCAUGGGCGAACGGAACAAGAGGCUAGAAUCCGAAUUGGCGAAGGUCGUGGAAGAAAGAGACAAGCACAAAAAGGAGGUCCAGCGGAGAAACAAGUUGCACGAAGUGUUGAAAAAAGACAUCGAAAAAACGAAAGAAAUUUUACAGAGCUCGGAAUCGGAAUUACGCCAACAGCGUAACGAAAUCAAAAGAGCGCGAACUAAAACGGCCGAUUGCAAACGGGAGGUCGAUCAGUUGCAGAACACGAUAUCCGAUUUGCGAAAAGAGCGCAAAAACUCGAAAUCGGAAAUCGAUCGAUUGCGCCAACAGUUGACGUUGCGCAAGGAUUCUACGAACGAAACCGAAAGAAUGCGAACGAAAACGGCAGAUUACAAACGGGAGGUCGAUCAGUUGCACGAUAUCCGAUUUGCGAAAAGAGCUGAAAUUAAAAUUGUUUUUUAG